CUAUUGAACCUAAAUCUGUAUUCUCUUUUAAGCAGUAACUGGUGAAUUACUUGUGUCUUGCAGGUAUCUCAUAGGUUUUGCGUCCACCUUGAGGCUGAACACAUCAACGAAGUAUCAAUUUCUAUCGAGGAAGAUGGUAAAAGAACAGUGCAGCCACUCGAUAUUCCUAUGACUCUCCGAAAAAUUGCUUUCAAUUUGCCUUUUUCAAAGAAAACCUGGUGGAGUGCAUGCAUUUCCAUUCAGUUGACAGAAAAGACAUGCUACACAUACAAAUAUAGUUACACACAUGACUCUCGAUGGUUCUUUCUUCGAUACAAACCUUCAUGCAUCAUAGAGCAGGGUGAAAGAACAGUAAAGCAACUGGAGAAUGAAGAUAUCUUCAAUUACAAUCUCACAAUUGAAAAGACAAUGACUGGCCACUUACUUCAUAGCCUGUACUUGGCUGUGAUUGUCAACAAGGAUAAUAUCAAGGAUCAUCUUUUUGAUGAUCACGCAGAUGAGCUCAACUCUUUAUCAACCAUUGUUGUGGACACUAGUAUUUUGAAAGACGUACAAGCUUACAUAACAAGUUUAAUCGAGAAGGGUGGCUUGGAUGAUGGACAGGUUGUUUUCUUAGCAAGGUUGUUGGGCAAUUGUUCAAGGCAUUCGGCAAUGCCAGAUGUGGUCAAGAUUGCAAAGAUCAUUCUAAGAGCCUUUCAACAUUGCACGGAGAGUAUUUCUUCAUCCCUUGAGAAGCAAGCCAACAAACGCAUAUCUUCCGACCUUACAGGCAUCGUAAUACAUUCUUUACGUGCUGUCAAAGGGAGUUGGACGGAACUUGUUGUUUACACCUUUCCCGCAAUAAGCGCAAGCGAGUUGUGUGUACUGCAUCGAAGCUGGAAUCGUGGUACUGAGAAAACAGAACACAAACUAACAGUUGCUGACCAGAAAGAGGUUUUGUCAGUCUGCCUAAACCACUAUGAGCCAAUCCAUUCUGACAAGCUAAUCAGUCUGGUUUUUCAUAGUAUUACAGAUGUAAAGCUACUCCUUCAAGUUCUGAACCAACCAGACAAAGCUAACAUCUUCAAGGAUGAGCAUGGAUACAGAAGCUGGGUUAAAGAUGCACUCCAAAAGCAGAUGCUGUCACUGCAACAGAAAGACAUCCAUGACAUCUGGAAAAUGGUUGCUGAAACCGAUGUGGUCAUAAUGCAAAUGCUUGCAAAAGAAUUUGUGUUUGAGUCACUUGCUCACAGCAAAGAAUGGUCCAUUCAUGCAACUAAUUUCAUGAGCAGUUUGCUUACUGAUGACAGCUUCUGGCAAACGCCUCCAGAGGAUCAAGUCUCCAGUACUUUUUUCGUCAUCUUAGAGACAAUUCUUGGGCAAAAAAACAGGCAGGCUGGCAUUGAUUACAACUUGGAGGUUAUAUCCAAACCAUGGGUAAUCAAAUGGGUGAGUCCAGACAACCUCAAGAAACUGGUUAGAGCUAUAUUCGAGAAACAGCUCCAAAGUAAAUCACAGUCAGCACAACUCAUGCACAAGAUCUACGUUUUCUUGGCUAUUGUACAUUCUACCCAGUGGUUGAGUUCACUACCAGGUUUAGUUCAGCAGCUAGACACAGAGACUUUGGCAUUCAUCAGUCAAAGUAAUAAGUUGAAGACACUUCUAGAAAUAGUGUUUAAGAGUCCCAAGAGUGAAAGUACUACUCUGUCUGAUGCCGGAAUGAAACUUCUUGUACAGCACCUGAUCAUGAGUAUUCAGAGCACAAUGAUGGGCGUGAGCGGCAUCAGUGAACUACUGGAGCCAUAUGCACCCAAGGGGAUCAUCGACCUACACUCACAACAUGCUGUUGAUGUCCUCUCAAAAUUCAUUGAAAUCAUAUAUGGAGCCAAGGAUGACGUUUUCCCACUCCUAGAGAAUAAAGAUUUCUGGACACUCGUAUUUAGGGCACAAGGAAAGAUGGCCAAGGAACUGCAGAACAACUGGGUGUACAAAGCAGUGGUGAACACUUUGAUCUCUGUAGAGCAGAACUUCUUCCAAAAGAAAGUCACUGUUGGGUUUAUCACUAGACUCGAACAGUAUCAUGACUGUCUGGUGCAACUUUGUGGACAUGUAAAUACAGAUGCAGACUAUGCAAAGAAAAGGCAUCAAACAUUCAAAGAACCUCUUGUCAUAAUUAAGGCCAAUGAACACACUCUUCACCAACUGGAAACAUUCUUGUUAUUUUGCGGCAAGUUUAAAGGGAUUCUGAGUGAAACAGACCUGGAUAUGACGAGAAAAGAACUUCGCUUACGAAGACAAUGUGUUGAUGCAGAAAGUCAAACAUGUUUGACGAGUCUUGUUGAUCCUGGAUACUGGGGGUUCUUAUCACCUUUCCUGGAAAUUGCAAAAGACACACUGAAGUUGUCGAGUUCCACUGUGUUCUUUAACAUUUGCCGUUUUUUUGUUGAGAACAUCCAAACAAAAAAACUUGGCAGUGCCCCACUUACAGCUCAAGAUUCUUCCACAGAUAUUGACUCAGAAGUAGAAGAACUAUCUGAUGCGGAGACUGGAGAUCAGCUCGAAGACGAGCCUGAGUCGAAGUCUCUGAAACUUGAUGAAUUCUCUGAAUUAGUUUCAUCAAAAUGUCUGCCUUUGUUUGAAGAACUCCGUUCUGACAUUGCAAAAGGGUGUAAGACCAUGACAGUUCGUAACAUGAAAAUCAUGUUUGCUGGAGUGAUCAAGGCAGAGGAACUCCACCAAGAGCUUGAAAACAUGCAAAUCUUAAAGCCCCCCAAACAAUCAAUGGAAUACCUAAAGACUUGGAUUAACCUGGAACAAAUGAGAGAUUUCUCAAAACAGUUGCAGUGUCUGUUCAUGCUAUUUGAAGUACAUAAACAAAAAACGGGUGACCUGAUGAAAAAUGUGGAAACUUUGGUUGACAUCUUUGACCCUGAAAAUGAUGGCAAGACGAUUGAAGAAGUCCAUAUGGCAGUAAAGUCAAUCCAAGAUGUUGAUAAGAAGUUUAAUGACGAUGAUUGGUGCACUAUAAAUGCGCUAGUUCUCUCUAAAGACUUGAUUCUGUUCCUGAAACCCAUCAUUGACGAUGACCUCAGAAAUCUCACAGACGCCGUGGAGGAGAGGUCAGAUUCUUUAAUCAACGAGUCCACUGUGUCAGAUCUUAUAGAAGUACAGCGGUACAUGGGACCAUUUCUGAGAAUUAAAGUCAUGGACACACCGCAAAAGCUCAUCGAGGCCAUAGCCAAGAGUAAACAACUAGAAAUCAAGAACGUGUCUGAAAAGAUCAGAACAUGCAAUGCACAUUUCCAUGCCUUGAAGAACCUGUACAACAACAUUGCUCAGCGAGGAGAGAUGACAAAGAAAAUAAUCAGAAAUGCCCUUGAGAAGGGCUGGUACGAAUUCGUCUUGAGCAAAGAUGGGGAGUUGUGCAAGGUGUCCAUGAGCUACACAAGGGGUGAUGGAACUUGUGCCACAUAUGAGCAAGAUGAGCUUAAUGAUUUACGAAGUAGAGCCCUCCUCAUGGUGAACUCAAGAAUGUCUCAUCAGCCUGAGAGAAGACAAGGGGAUAACGAUGAUAGUCAUUUGUCCAAAAAUCUCCAGGAAUUUAUACAAUGCAUAGAUGAGGUGAUUGAAAUUGUUGCGCUCUGUUCAAGGCUCUCUAAUUCUGGUCACUACCACUUCAGACGGUUCCAUGAUAGAGUACGAGAUCUGGAGAGUCUCCUCUCACUGAAGGAUCGCCUGGAAAGAGAGGAUUGUACUUGGAGAGUCAUUCUGGAGGAUGCAAGGGGUGAGUUCUACUUCUUGAACUUCUUCCAUGCAAGGCAAUUAUGGCUGCUAGAUCAGUUCUUUAGAGGAGAAGUUGAUGCGAGCAGAGAAGUUGUUAAUCUGUUCCACUAUGUCAACCCUGACAUCAGUGUGGACAUCAACUUAAGAGAGUAUUAUGAAUCACUAGAUGACACUGAGGAUUUGAGGGAGCGUGUUUUCCAGAUUGGUGCAGCUCUCAAGGAAGUUUUUUCAAAUGUGGUGUCUCCUGUUCGAGACAUUGUGUGUCUUAAACCUCAUCAAAAGGCAACUGUCGAAAGCACUGUCCAACAUGGAGCUGUGUUUGUAGCAGAACUAGACCCAGACAGCACAAACUCUAUUCCAGUUCUCAUGACACUGCUAAGGAACACAACUGGAAAGUACCCUCAGGCAAAUCAUGUGCUUUUCUGCCACUCGGAAAACACAUGGGAAGAGGUGUACCUUUUGUUACAGAGGUGUCGCAAAGCAUCCACAAUGCCACAGAAAGAUUUGUAUGCACUAAUAAAUGUUGAACAACUGACUACGGAGAUCCAAUUUAUGCUGGUCGAUGAGGUGAGGCGAAUUCAGGAAGACGAACCUUUAUUUCUGUUGGCCAUAAUUUGCCGUGGGGGAAGCCAUCACCACAUUAUCGAUCAAUUUUCUCCACAUUACACUCACAGAAUACAAGGAAUGACAUCCAAUGAAAUGCAAGACUGUCUUGAGCAGGGUUGGCCAGAUGUUGAAGUAAUCACUUCUGAAGUUCCUGGGCUUGGAAAAUCGGAGUACAUAUCUUGCAGAGCAUCAGAAAAGGGGAAAGGUUGCCAUUUAUUACCGAUGGGAGGACCACAGACAAAGACUGAUCUCGUCCGUCAGUUGUUGCAGAGGCCUCCAUCAGAGUUUCAACUGCUUCACAUUGACAUAAGAACAACAUCCAACCCAAGCUUGAUUGAUUCCUUCAUUUUUGAGCUUCUGGUGGUUGGCAUGGUGGUUGCAGGUACCUUUUUGUGUGAGUUAAAUACAAGUGACAUCUUGAUUGAAAUCGCAAACACUCAACAGAAUAGCCUUAGCGACUCACUCACAAACUGCUGUAACUUUAACAGACGCCACAUUGAAUGGGAUAACUAUGAGAGUUUCCUGGUGAGUGAAGAGGUUAACAGCCCGGUUCAAGUUGUGUGCAGCUACUUGAAAGCAGUGAAUGAUGGAUCACUUGAUGCAAAGCAGAUAACCUUUUCCUGUACAUCAAAGGCAUCACUGCUCCCAGAGGAUAAAUGCAGGCAUCUCUUAAGAACCCACUUCUCUCCAACAUCCAAGAUGGCGUUUACUACUGUUAAUAUGUUCCUGAAUGUAUUAGCAACAGAGCUGAAGAAACUGUCUGCAUCUCAUUACUUCACUGAAGAAGCACUGCACAUUAUGCUUGGGAAAGAUGAACAUUGUGUACGAUCAGACCUCUUCAAAGCACUUGAUGCUGUCGCACAAGAAUUUUCAUCUCGCUCCGUAGAGACCGGUGGUACACAGUCAACGACUGGUAGAGAUGCAGCAGAAGCCUUGAAUGAACUUCAUCAAGGUCCAUCGGUAACUGCAGAAAAAAUGGUUGCACGUGUGAAAGGCAUGGUACAGUGGGCAGAUAGUAAUCACCUCAUGGUAGUCUUCAACCAGCAAGACACUCAAACAUUGUCAACUCUCUAUCGUCUCUUAAGUCAGGUCCCCAAAAGUGUAAAGAAUCUGUUCGAACAGCAACUUGACAAAGAUCUACCCGACUACCAAAAAGUGUCUCAAGACCAACUUCAAUCAGUGCUGGAGAAAAUCUGUCGAAACACUCGAGAUCCAUUUGCAAGGAGCAAACUUGGCCAUUUGGACAAAGGGUAUGCACUGACUCCAGAUAACUUAAUGAAGAUGGUCUUGAUUCAUAUGAGGAUUAAGUCUCGGAUCCCAGUUGUCAUCAUGGGUGAGACUGGAUGUGGGAAGACAACUCUGAUUACGUACCUUGCAAGUGUUUGCGAGGUACCUUUCUAUGUACUCAACUUUCAUGCAGGAAUUGAAAUUGACACCAUCAUUGACUUCAUCCAUAGCAAGAAGAAAGAAGCUGAAGAAAGUCUUGAUGGCCAAAUAUGGUGCUUCCUCGAUGAAAUCAAUACCUGUGAUCACCUAGGGCUUUUGAGUGAAGUUAUUUGCCACCAAAGUUGUUGUGGGGAACUGUUGCCAAUCAACCUUGUUUUUCUGGCAGCUUGCAAUCCUUACUCAAUGCGUCAGGGAGACAUCCAGACAUCUGGAUUAACCGAUAAACUUGUCACUGACGAGCAGUCAAAGUUAGUGUACAGAGUAAACCCCCUGCCAGAGGCAUUGAUGGACUAUGUGUGGGAUUAUGGUGCUCUGGAUGCAAAAGAUGAAAAAGCUUACAUUGAGAGAAUGAUCAAGGGUAAUAUCGAUGAUGAUUUAGUGCCUCUUUUUGUGGAGCUUUUGAUAAUGUCACAGGAGUUCAUAAAGAACACUAUGAAGAACAAUUACAGUGUAAGCCUGCGAGAUGUCAAUAGGUGCAAACAUCUUACCCACUGGAUGACUAAAAUGCUGAAAGACAAAAAACUUGCUAAAGUCGAGCACCACAACACGUGUGGUCAAGAAUAUGAAACUAGGGCUUUAAUUCUUGCGCUAGCACACUGCUACCAUUCUCGGUUAACAACAGCUAAUGACAGGAAAUUGUACAGAGAGGAGAUGUCCAAAAUCUUCAAAACGAAAAAUCAUCCUGAAUUUUCAGAAGGACACAUUGAAGAGGUGAUCAAAUGCGAACAACUUGACAUUCUCAACCGAAUGCAAUUGGAGGAGGGAAUUGCCAAAAAUGAGGCACUGCGAGAGAAUGUGUUCGUUGUCCUUAUUUCCAUUCUAAACAGGAUUCCUGUGUUUCUGGUUGGAAAACCGGGCUGCAGCAAGUCACUCUCAAUGCAGCUCAUUCGCAGUAAUCUGAGAGGACCUGACUCAAAGGACAAAUACUUCAAGACAUUACCUGCUGUCUAUGUUGUCUCCUAUCAGGGAUCAGAAUCGUCAACGUCAGAAGGAAUCAUCAAAGUCUUUGAGAAGGCAAGUCGCUAUAAGGAGCACAAUCCAGAUAUCAUACCGGUCGUCCUCCUAGAUGAGAUAGGUCUGGCAGAGAACUCCUCCUUCAACCCGCUCAAGGUUCUUCACAGCUUGUUAGAGCCAAGCACAGGUGAUUUUCCUGAGAUGGCAGUUGUUGGGAUAUCAAACUGGGCACUAGAUGCUGCAAAGAUGAACCGAGCUGUACAUCUAUCACGACCAGAACCAAAUGCAGAUGAUCUGUUUGAAACAGCAAAGUCCAUUCGAGAUGAGAACUCCAUGUUGAGCGGUAUGACUAGAGGUAAACAAAAACAUGAGCAUAACCUGCUGCUGAAGAAACUAGCUGAGGCUUACCACUCACACCAUGAGUCUCAGGCACGUAAAAACUUCCAUGGUUUAAGAGAUUACUAUUCACUUAUCAAGAGUAUUGCAUUGUCCUCAUCACAACGAGAUGCAGCCAUUUCAUUGGAGAUCGGUCUUCUUCGAAACUUUGGAGGAAAUCAAGAAGCUAUGACAGGUAUAAUGAACGACUUUAUGGAUACAAUGGAUGUUGACCAAAGUCCAGAUUCAAGACCAACGACCACUAGGCUGAUAGAAGACAAUCUGGAGGAUAGGUUUGCCCGCCACCUGAUGCUAAUAACAAGUGGAGACUCUGCAUUAAGCAUCAUCGAGGAAGUACUAAGUAAGAUGAAGAAAAGGUCCAUAUCCCUUCUUGGAAGCCGGUUUGAUGAUGACCUCUCUGAGGAAUACAACUAUCGUAUCUUGAGUGAGAUAAUUCUUUGCAUGGAAGAAGGUUACAUCCUUGUGUUGCGAGACCUGGAUAACGUGUACAGUAGUCUCUAUGACAUGCUGAAUCAGAACUACACCAUCGUUGGUAAGAAGCGGCAUUGUCGUGUAGCUCUGGGUGCUUACAGUAAUCCGAUGUGUCAGGUUCAUCAAGAUUUCAGGUGCAUUGUCGUUAUAGACCAGCAGAACGUUGACUACUCUGAUCCACCAUUGUUGAAUAGAUUUGAGAAGCAAACACUCACAUUCAUGGAUGUUGUGAAUGAUCAACAGAAGGCUGUCAUUGCUUCACUGCGGAAGUGGGUUGAAGACAUCUCAACAAUACCCAACAUGCAGUUUACUCCAAAGCAAGCAUUUUUGGGAUACCACAAUGAUACCCUCCCCUCACUCGUGUUUUCCCACUGCCGAGAUGUAAAGCCUGAAGAGAUGGAAGUGGAUAAAAUUGUACAGCUGUGUAAACAUGACCUUGUAAAAAUUGCUCCACCUGAUGCAGUUCUUAGGUCAUCAAAGUCAAACCUUGCUGUGGAUGAAGUACACGAAUUCCAGGACCAGUAUCUGAAACUCCCCUUAAACGGUGGUUUAAGGCAUUAUUUGAAGUUGUUACUUGAGAUGAAAGACAGAGCACAGGCAGCAUCAGUUGAAUAUUCUCUGCAUGACAACCCAUUGAAGUUAAUUGUGUAUACCUUCAGUAGCAUUCACACUGAUCUUCGUACUUGUUUGGCAGAUAUGCCAAGUUUCCAGGUAGAGAAACUGAGCAAGUUCACGUCGGAACGACAACUGACUGCGGCACUUCAACACUUCACUGGUAGCAAUGAUGAAUUCUUUAUCCUUCAGUGCAAGACAUCUCUAGAUGCAAAGCACAUGCUUCUUGCUAAAUGCCUCAUAGACCGAUGGAUGGCCAUGUACAAGAGAGACGAAAUGUAUGGAGGAGUCAAACAUGCUUGCAUAAUUGUUCAUGUAGAACGAGACCAAGUAGGGAUGGCAUCAAGUUUUCCUUGGCAGUUUAACUUCCUGUGCGGCUGGCAACAAGUCGCACUAGAUGUACUGGAGGAACCAGAGCUUCAGAUUGAAGAAAUCAUCAAGAUGUCAAUAGAAGACAUUUGUGCCAAGACGGUUGAUGUUGGUAAUGUCAUUAAGUUCAAUUUGCCAUGGUGUUUCACACGUAUCGCAUAUACUGAUCAGUCUAAAGAUGUCAUGGAAAUUCUUGAGUUGAUCAGACGAAUCACCGAGUCUCCAAAGCUCAUUGACUGUUUCUGCAGAAAAGUUUUACAAGAUAUCCAGAAAGAUGGAGUAGAUGAAGUAGUUGAUGAAUCUGGAAUUAAUAAGGGAGCAUGGCAGGUUUCUGUUGCAUGUGAACAUGAAUUGCUUGUUGAAUGUUCUAGCUUCAACUAUGCCCUUGUGGAGCAUGUGAAACGCAAAAUUAGACAGCCACUUUUCAAGAUUGUGUUCUUUCUAGAGAGACACAAUGCUUGGAACAGCUUCUUCAGUCAGGCUCAACAAAAAGACAUUUGGAAAAGAAUGUUCUGUAAUCCCUUGAUCUUCGAUGUUCAAUCACAUGCACUUCCAGAACCAAAUGGGGUAGAGUCUUGCCCAAUACAUAAGACACUUCCACUGCUGGAAUUUCCUUUCUUCAGCAAGCUGUAUGACAUCAUUGAAGAACAAUUGAAGUGCUUGAUGGCAGAUGCAAGGGAAAAACUGAUUGCAGAAAAUUCCUAUAUUGACGAGGCUGAGAUGACUACAGAGUUGACGCGAGUCUUACAUGACAGACUACCCGAAGCAAUCAAGUAUGAUUUGGCACUACAUGUUGAUGAUGAGUUUAUGGAAGAGAAUCUUGAUCUUUAUCUAAACGAUCUGUGUAAUGUCUUCUCAGUUGACUGCGUGAGUCAAAUGUCUCAAGAAGCUCGUGUUCAUGCUACCAGGUUGCUUGUCAAAUUGCAGGAUUCUGCAUUAGUGAAGGGUCUGUCAACAAUCGAACAACUGUCUUAUUGGCAUAUUUCUCUUAGAAUAAAGUCUGACCUAGUGGCUGCCGAGCUUCAGCUUCUGCACAUGUACCAAGUGGCAACAGGGAACGAUUGUGUGCAGUUACUGGGGGUAAUAGCAGACUCCAUAGACAGUCAAGAUGUGAAUCCAUGUUCUGAUGAUGAAAAGAGUAUUGCGUCAGAGGAUUUUUUAGAUGCUAGUGAUAUUUUACUGUCUGAACUUGAGGAAGAUUUGGAACACGACCAAGUUUCAGACACCUCAUCCUUUGUAUCAGCAUUUGAAAGUUACUACAGUGACGGUUCAGUCACAUCAGAUAAAGCUGACAUUCCACUCAAAUUGUCUCUUGUUUCUCAUGUUUGCAAAUCUCUACUGCCAACCGAAGUUCUCUUAGAACAUUGCCGAGGUCAGAAUAUUUGGGCGAGACGCAUCAACAACAUUCUGUUGCUGGCAGCUAGCAUUGGGGUGAGACCACAGGAGCUUCAUUACCUUCAUCUUUGCAAAGACUUUGUCAACUUGCUGGCCGUGCCCAAUAAUCUUCCAGAUGACAAAUUGGCUACACUUGGUGAGCUCAUAGCUGAUAUCGAUGACAAUACUCUUGACAGCGAAAGGGUUUUUGAGUUUGUACUAGAGAUCAUACAUGAGGUUUCCAAUGAAGACCCUGAAGGAUCUGUGCAGCAAUUGUUUCUGACGAAGUACUUUGGCCGCUGUCUAGAAUCUAACAAUGACACUCCCUUGCUUAAUGAUAUUUUAAGACUGCUUAUCACUGAAAAGGGGGAACUCAUUAAAGGCUCACGACUAGUCUUGUUCCGUGUCAUACGUGAUGAAAUUGAGGACAGAGAGCAUGAGUCUGUGUAUACAAAAGUCAUCCGUGAAGGUGUGAAUCGUAACGACUUGUCAGAUAAUCUGGUUACUUUAGACGAGGUGCUUUUGGAACUUCCAUCUGGAGAAAACCACCACUUUGCAGUUCUCUGUUGCGACUUGAUUGAGGAGAAUGGUUUGCAUUACCUUACAGCUCUGCGAAUGAUGUCGGGUGGUUCCUCUUCACAUGUGGUGACUGCAAUGACAGCAUGUCGAUUGCUUGAAAAGGCGAAUAAGUGUUCUCUUCAGCUUGUCUGUGCUUUGGCCUUCUUAAACAAGCUGUUCCGUGUUUUCGCAGAGUACCUGAUUGACAAUAUUGAGACGUUUCCUGAGACGGGGGAAGACUUUGCACUCUUGAAGCAUAUUCGUGAUGUGGUUUGUUUCCUAAAACAAUGUGACAGAGAGCUCAAUGUUCAACUAUGGAUUUUGAGAUACCUAUCCCAGCAAGACAGCAACAAUGAUCUGCACAAACUGAUGUCAAGUUUAAGCAGGGAAGUUGAAUUCCUAAAAGGGAUUAAUCUGACUGAUUUAUGCUCCCGGUCUGGCAUUGGUUUUAAUCCUAUGAGCUACAUGGACUUGAACGGAGAGAUCACCAAAGCCUUGGCAGAUUUGCAGUUGCAUAACAAAAAGGGUGACAUGAGAACUGUGGUGGGCAGUCUGAAAUCCAGUCCAAAACAACGUAUUGCAUUCAUGGCUGUCCUUGCAGAGUAUUAUUAUUUUGCUGGUAAAACAAAAUAUCUCACUGACUCUGAAAAGUCUCGAGCUAAAUGGAUUGCCAAGGAAAUUGAGAAGGCAAGUCUUGACAAAACACCAUGGUGGCAACUCAUGAAGGCUGUCUUGGGAUUGUCUGAUUUCAGGGGAAGAAUGCAACUAUCAAAGCAGUCCAAGGUCAGUGAUGUGAGGCUAGCCUCUGUGCUGCUGCAUAUAUCUGCAGUUGCUGUUGGUAAUCAUUCAGCAGGUCAACAAAUGCGGAACUUCUUGCAGUUUCUCUGUCCAUCUGAACAACUUAACGACUUGCAUUUCCCUGGUGCAUCAACGUUAGCCAGGAAGGCAAAUCAACAGACAAGGUCGGUCAUUUGCAAAUGCAGUCAAUGGUUAGUCCAGAGCCUGGGGCAGGGUUCACAUAGGGUAAAAUGUCCAACAUGUGGCAGAAAGAUCAACUGGCCAGACUUGCCAGGUGCUGUUAAAGAAGAGCAGGAAACCGCUGUUGGAUACAAGUAUCCCCCGGUUGAAUCCUGGGAAAACCUUGAACAAACAGGCAACAUCUCCAUCUUGUCAAGAUUCAUCAUCGACUUCUUGGUUCAUGGUUGCCUGUUUAUUGCAUCCGAACUAUUUCCACCAGAGUCCAAUAUGGUUGGUGUAUGUAGUGCGGCCGAGCUUGAUUUGAGAAUGACCAAGCUUUGGGAUACAAUGUCAGUUGUUCUCAGGGCUGGUCGUCAAGACACAUGUGUGCUUCUUCAUUGUAUCAUUAAGGAAAUCAGCCCAAUGCUCACAGAUACACAGUACACGUUCGUUUCAGCUGCAAAUCGGGACCAGCAGGAGAUUGAGAUAGACAAAGUAGUUCAAAAGAUACUGUGGAACUCCACACAUUUCAGGAAACAGUUUCUGCAGGAUUCCUUUGAAGCAUUUGGUACACCAGUUGAUAAAUCGCUGCAGCAUCAACUACAGGAGUUGGACAAUAUUGAUGGAGACACAUGCAAGUUGGUAUCAAGAUCGGUCCGUCAAAAACGUCAGCCAUCUCUUGAAGAUCUCAAGGCAUGCUUCUGUGAUCGAAGCAAGAAUGUUGAACGCUUCCCUUUCCUUCAUCUAGUUUUGUCAAAGUACAAUGCCUUGAAGUACGUUGGCAAUCUAUCUGCUUUGCUUGAAUGGAACAAACUAGUAAGUGCUCGACUGAGUCAGCGACGUGAAAAGCGCAAAUAUGCAGAUCGACCAGUCAGAUCUUUGAUUGAGGCUUUUCCAAGUAUGUCUGUUCCCUGGACAGCCUUCAGAGAUGCAGCCAAAGAAGUUUGUGAUGGAUGGACUGAACUUACUGGUGAAACUACAAAACCUGAAUAUACCACCGAGGACUCGGAGAUCAUAAAGUGCCUGAUGCCAACAGGGAAAGACAAGAACACCCUAAAGCAAAUGAUAAAGACUCUACAAGAAGUGCAAAACAAAUUCUUGACAGAGGCUCUUGAGAUUGCUGUUACGAAAGAGUGUCCUGCAAUUAGCUUUCUUAUUAAAGAAAACCACCUUGCUGCUCUCCAAACAAAGCCUCUCGAUCAAGUAGGGAAGAAAGACAUCAUAACCAAUCCCUGGAAAGAUCAGUGUCUUUGCUAUCACGACAUCAAUACCGAGUAUGGUCAUGGCACAGAGAUCACAUAUGAGUUCAACCAGAUUGAAAUGGAAGUAGCUUUUACCACUGUAGUGAAUAAAAUGAUCCUAACAGAUGGCUGCGCAUUGGAAGGCUUUAUCUUUUCAGAUGAUCUAUACCACUCUUCAACAGCCAUUCUUGAGGAAAUGUCAGCAAAAGUCAAACAGGAAACCUUGCCAAAGGAUAUCGCAAAUCUGGUCAAUCAAGGUGAAAGAAGAAAGCAAGGCACUUCCACAAACGACCUGCUUCAGCAGUUAGAAGUUCUCAUGGGUUUAAUUAAGAGAACAAGUGGUGAACCAGAGGCUACUUUACAAGACUACAUCAGUAAAUGGAGUGCCAUCUUAACAAUUGAGUCACCAGAACUGUUCGCAUCCAUCAAGUUGAAACACAUAGUUUCUCUUUAUCAGCAAUUAGAGGUGCUUUUAGCAACUGCUACUGUACAGACUCUAGGUGAAACGUUUCAAAUGAAGCUCCCUGUGAAAUCUGAGCAUGAGCUGGAGAGAUGUUGCAGCGAAAGACCUGGCGAUGCCCUCAUCCUGAUCAGAGACAUCCUGAAGAGGUUUGUUUUCCGCUACCUCAGGGCCCGACAUAGCUUUGAACCAGACUGCAAGAAGAGACUGCGUGACCUGUUGAAGGACAUGAGUGGCCAUGAUCGUGUGAUGCCUCUGCUCAACAAGGAUCUACAACUCUGUCACAUUGUGAAACUUCUGGAGUUCUUCGAUAGAAAAAUCAAGCAAAAGGAAAAAGAAAAGCCCACCAAGAUGAAGCGCAAACCCACAUCAAAGAGAGGGUCACAUGCGAUUGGCAUAUACUGAAGACCUUUAAGUUAGGCUGCAAGAGAGAAUCGGAUCUUCACCCUCUUUGCCAACAGAUAACCAGACUGGUGCAAGUUUAGUGUGAGGAAUAAUGUUUCGUCAAACCUUGAGCUUCUGUAUAUACGAUGAACGCUGAUAAAUUAAAGUCUCGGUUGAAACAUUGUAUAGAUUACUUGCCAAAUCUGAAAAAAUACCACAAGGUUUUCAGGACCCUUCGUUUAUAAACCGGUACACUGUAAAUAGUUGAUACACACUAUACAAAGCCAUCUGUGCGAUUAAUGGCGGGCUCUUUAGUUAUGUAGAUAUAAUUAUUAGAUGACGUUUUUCUCUUAUGAUAUUGGACACAUCAAAUGACUGUGAUACUUGUGUGAGUUUGACCAUACACCUGACAGUGAUUCACCUAUGUUUUGUUAGUUUGUAAUAUAGAUGAACUUUGCAUUUGGAUAAGUGCAGACCACCUUUGUGGUGUUUUGUGUAUAAUUAGAGUUAAUGGUUUUUUGAUAAGCCAAACGUAAAAUUCUUUCCUGUAUAUUAUAAAUUUAGUAAUCAAGCGUUGAGAGUUUGAGAAGUUAUUCAUAGCUUCUUCUGGGUUUUUUUUUUUUUUUGGGGGGGGGGUAGCAUUUUAUUAUAAGUGUGUGGGGAAAGACCCAAGUGCUAAAUAUGUUUGGAUUUUUUAAAUUAUAGUAUUGAUGUCUAUCAAUGGGAUGUUUUUCUCGGUAUAUUAGCAUACUGUACUAUAACUAUAACAAGGGCAGAUAUGAUUCUCUGUAAUUUGAUGUGUGUUGGGAGAAACAAGCAGUUAAAAGAUACCAUGUAUUGAGUCUCUGUAUACAUGUAGAAACAAACAUGAUUUUAAUAAGGCGUACUAUUUCAUAUUCUCUGUAUAUAAAUGAUAUGUGGCAAACCCAGAAACUGAUAGCUUAUUACACUUAUUUGUUUCUCUAUAUAUUACACAAAACGUGUGUGUAUGACAAGCCAAAUAUUGAUAAAGAUCCAAAAAAAGAAAAGUGGAGUUAGUACCAUAAAUGAGUUGGGACUCGCACAAUUUAGGUGGACUGAAGUGUAAAUUGCUAAACUAGUUUUCCUUUUUUUAAUACAUGUACUUGCCAUUUGAAUUUUGACAAACUAAUUGGCUAUUUGAGUUACAAGAAUGUUGUAUAUUUUUUUAAGCAUAAGUGUCUUCGACACUAAAUGAUAACUAAGUAAUGCUAUCAGUAAUUUAGAAUUAAGUUCCACAGUGAUUUUUUGGACAAACUAAUUGGCUAUAUUAUGAGUUACAAGGAUGUUGUAUUUUUUUCUUAGAAUAAGUGUCUUUGUGUCUUUGACACUAAAUGAUAACUAAGCAAUGCUAUCAGUAAUUUAGAAUUAAGUUCAAAAAAUAUUUGUUUGACAAACUAAUUGGCUAUAUGAUGAGUUACAAGGAUGUUGUAUUUUUUCCCAGCAUGUCUUUGACACUAAAUGAUAACUGAGCAUGAGAAGUAUACAUGCUAUCAGUAAUUUAGAGUUUAGUAUCAAGGUGACUUUUUGGCUAUAUGAGUUUAAUUAGACUCAGGAAAGGUAUUACAGAUUUAUGUACUGAGAUUGAGUUUGGAAUUUGAAAGAGUAAGUGUUGGGAUAAACUAAAUAAACAAUAACUUAUAAAUGCCUGAGUAUUGAUUAAUUGGAAACCACUGUUGUUUAAUAACUGCAUUAGUUACACUUUUUUAAAUUUAAGUUCUAUAGUGAGGGGGGCAAACCCAAGUAGGCCUACUGACGACUGAAAUUACAUUCUCAUAAAAUUUAUGUUGAGACAAAACCAAGCUUUUUUACAUUUAAUUUGAUACAAUGAAUUGCUUCUUUCUACAAUUAUUUGCUAUAAGUGUGUUGAUAUGCACCUAUAAGCAAUAACUACUCUAUGGCUCUGUUUGCUGUUUUAGACUUCUGACUUCGGUAUUAUUAUAACGACUUUGGCAAGUUGAUGUGACAUUAUUGUUGUUCUAUAAGUAUGUUGGUACACUCAAGAUAGCAUGUUGUUUUCUUGCAUGUUCAUAAUGUUUUGAGACAAGCCUAUCUGUAAGCAUUAAUACCUUACGACUGACACUUAACUAUUAUUUGUCUGUGUACCAUACUCGUAUUUUAUUGGGCCAAACCAAGUGAUGAAGACUGUAUCAUCACUACAUAAUGGUUUUGUAUAUACUGUGGUAAUAUUUUGGGACAAGCACAAGCAAUGAUGACUAGAUGUCAUUAUUCCCUGUGUAUUUUGUAAUAUAAAAAAGUUACUUGGGAGGAUUGUAACAUAGUCUAAUUGUAUUGGAACACACUUUAUUACAAAGAUUGUAUCACCACAUAAUGGUUUUGUAUAUAGGCCUACUGUGAUAAUGUUGGGACACGAGUAGUGAUAACUAAUGUCGCACUUCUGCGUGCUUGUACUUUUUUUACAAACGAAAGUUACUUGGACACAUAUAUGAUAAAUAUAUCACUAAAUAGUGUUGACUGUGGUAGUGUGUUGAGACAUACACAAGCUAGGUUGUACAUACUUUAAAUUGUAUUAAUUGUUUAAUGAACACGUUGUAAGGUGUGGCGAUUUAUGUAAUGUGCUAACAAAGAUCUCCUUGUUAGUGGUUUUUCAAAUCAUUGUUAUUGAGCAAUGUAGUAACUGCGAUUAUCAGAAUGCUUUUUAUAAAUCUCAUUGGGAUUCGGGUACAUGUAUUAGCAGUCAUUGACGAGUUAAGGCACCUGUAUGAUAUUUGACAUUUAUUUCUUCUGUAUUUAGAAAAAGUGUUCAAUCUUCAGGUUAAAAGUUGAAUUAAUGAGAAAAAAGGAGA